CCGAAGAACGCACCAGCAGCGACCCACGAGCAGAGGAGCGACACAUAACCAGAGAGGAGGUAUUCGGAGUCUUUAUUCGUACUGAAUAGUCACUCCAGGAUGGCAGGACAAGUGGACCAUUCAAUGCUUUUAAUCGAUAUCCCAGUGUCUCACGUUCAGACGCUUGGUAAGAUUAUAGACAGCGGAGUUGGCACACUCGGGUGGAAAGGUUUGGCCGCAAGAAUCUCGCCCAGUUGGGUUGAUGUGCGACUCAUGGAGACGAGGGAGGCAGCGGGGAAAAGUCCGACCCAGGAACUGCUUUGGUCAUGGGCUCAGCAGAACAAGACAGUCGGCGACCUCCUCCGGGUGUUGGAGGAUAUGGGACACCAAAGAGCGCUGAGCCUCUUUCAGUCCCCAGGGGUUCCCCAGAGUCUUCCAAUGCCACCUCCACCUCCCCCUCACACCCAAAAGGCAGAACCAGUGAAGCCUGAGUGUUGCAGUGAACGUCUGUCCUGUGAUUCAAGUUCAACUGUAACAGAAGGAAAUAAUGAAGCUAGGCUCAAGGUCACCUUCCCAGAUGUUGUUGAGGGAACGGGGAAUUUCCAUGAGGAAAACAAAAUCGGUGGCGGCCACUUCUCAGAUGUCUACAGAGGGAUGAAAGGCAGUCAGGCGUUUGCAGUGAAAGUCUUCAAACAGGUGCAGAACGGUUCGUGGAAGAGCCUUUGGGAGAAGUUUCGCACAGAGAUGGAGGUUCUUCACCUCUACCAGCACCCCAACAUCCUGGAGCUGUAUGGCUGCUUCUCUGAUGGCGAUCGUUACUUCCUGGUUUACCCUUACCUCCCCAACGGCUCCCUCCACAGCAGGCUACACACUCAGGAUUCUGGAAAGGUGUUGUUGUGGCAGGAGCGUCUGGAGGUCAUCAAGGGCACGGCCAAGGCCAUCCACCACCUGCACAGUACGCAGCCAUGCGCAGUUAUCUGUGCCAACAUCAGCAGUGCCAAUAUUCUACUGGACAAUCGUCUCCAGCCCAAACUAAGUGAUUUUGGAAUGGCGCGCCUCAGACCGCAUUCUGGGAACCAGAGCUGCACCAUCACCAUGAGGACCAGUAACCAUGGCAACUGCUACCUGCCAGUGGAGUACAAUAGGGGGGGCAAGCUCUCCGUCAAGGUGGACAUAUACAGCUUUGGGAUGGUGGUACUGGAAACAGUCACAGGCGAGCCUGUCAAGCCAGACAAGACAACACACACACCACUGAGGGCCAUGCUGGAUGAUGUGGCGGAGGAGGGUGGUGGUGUGGAUGCGUGCCUGAGGCUCAGUGACUCCAGAGCGGGCUCCUGGCCCCAUGCGGUGGCCCUCUCUCUGCUCAGGCUGGGCAUGGACUGCAGCGCCAGCAAGCCUAGCAACAGACCCUCCAUGGAGAUGGUUCUCCAGACCCUGAGCCAACUUCUGCCCCUCCCCUAUCCCCCCGAGGACCAGCCCCGCACUCUGGAUGAUGGCAGUGGUGGCACCCCCCCAAAAAAGAGCUCCCCAACAUCCUCCCCACCCUCCCACUGCCUCUCCGCCAGCCUACCUGUGGAGGACGACGAGGAGACGUCAAUGGGAUGUGGCGUGCUACCACGGGAGCGGGAGAGUGCACAUUGGUAUCCUAGCAACGCUGUAGUAUCAGUCGCCGUGUCUGCAUCGGCGGAUUCAGGCCCUUGUGAGUGCAGCCAAUCGGAAGUCAUCUUUGUCGGCGGUGCGGGCCGUGAUGCCGCUGCUUCGGCAUUACCACGUCAACCGCAUCAGCAUCAGCACCAUCAACAUCAGCCAUGGCAACAACAACACAACGGGGGGCGGAAGGACACGUAUGCCACCACCGCCAAGUGUGUGUCAGACUCUCAGCAGCUGCAGUCUGCGUACGUGUCAUCGUCUGCGCAUACGCUGCAGUCGGACUGUGCGAGUGUGGGUGAGCUGGAUGCAGAGCCGUAUGCAGAGCUAGACCUGUACGGCAGCUGGCCGGUACAGUGUAGCUGUGCGCCCGACACGGACGCUCAGGAGUGUGAGGACUGCAGGAACAACGCCUUGAGCCCCCUCAACAACACCCCCUUCCCCUCGCAUCUCACAUCUGGUGGUCCAUCUGAGAGCUACCUGGAGAACUCCGCCAAACAGCGGUUGCGGCACAAGAUCCAACAGUACAACCAGGGCCUCAUGUGCACAGACGAGCUUUUGUCCAUCACGCCGUAGACAAGAGAGGGCCAAGGGUGGAUUACUGCAUGGGCCUACUGGGUAGACCUCCCUCAGGUCAGCUCAAAGCAGAUUCAUCACCGUGAACUAAAUUGGCUGGAGCCGCUGUUAUGCAUACCAAUUUCAUAAGCUACCUUUUUGACAGUCAAGUGUUUUAAUUUCAAAUGUAAAAUGUAAACUACAUUGACAUAUUGUAGGCUACAUAUACUGUAUAUGAUCAUGUGUAAAAUACUACGUAAUAGGCUACUAGGCCUAUAGUACUACUUUUCUGAAUGCAGCUCAUUUUCUCUUUUUUUCUACCUUACACGAGUUGUUAUUUCAUUAUGCAGGACUGUUCCUUUGUAAAAAAAAAAUGUUUUUAAAUAGGCUUGUUUGUUAUUUACAUGGCGAAAUAAAACAAAUAUAUCUAUUGCCAUUUCUUCUGCUAUAAAGUCUGGAGCACAUCUUUCUCUGAAGCACAUACAGUAUUGAUUAAGACUUCACAUUAUGAAAUUGUGGGAAAAAGUAGCUUAGAUCAGACAAGAUUGCUGGCAGCACAUAUUCUGGUGAAACAUGUAGGCCUAAUUGUGGUUCAGUUGGCUACAGGGGUUCCCAAACUUAUGAGUGAUUCUACGUUUCGAGUGCGCUUUUAGAUCCAUGGACUUUAUUUGCCAAUUCCACUAACUAUUAACUGCAUCCAAUGAUGUUUUGGACAUUAGCAGACAUUUAUCUUUCAUAUAAUACAGAAAGUGAAAACAUAACAUUAUUUUCCUCUGCAGGAAUGAAUAUUUAAUAGCCACUGGUUUUGUACAUUUUCAUGCCGUCCACGUUUUCCAAAUGUCAGAUUCAGUCUUCAUUGCAAAUGUUAAUUCACGCUAGUUAUCACAAUAUGACAAUACUGUUAAAAAGUCUAUUGUGCUUUCCAUUAUGCAUUAAAUUGGCCAUUUUGUGUGCGUCUGAGAAAACUGUGUCAACCGUGUCACACACUGAAACCCCCGCCAUAAAUCAGUAAGGGUUUGUCCUAAGUCCUCUGACCAACGCCAUAAAAUGUCAUUACCUCUUUGAGUGGUGAUGCGAAGACUGUUUGGUAAGUUUUGACUUCACCUGUUCCAUAAUUUAAUCCAUUAUUUUUUAUG